AUGUCCUUCUCGGAAGAGAGCCCUCUAAUUUGGGUAGGUGCACGUCAGGUCCCCGACGCCUUGGAUGUGUACGACCGGUUCAGCAAGGCUCAUAAAAACUUCAUCGUCUUCGUAGUGUCCUUUGCAGGGCUGCUCCCUGCGGUUGUAACUGGGACCUUCGUCCCUUCCAUCCCUCAGAUAGCUCUUGACCUUGAUUCAACGGGUGCUGUUGUUAGCUUGGCCGUAAGUUUAUCAGUAUUUGCGAAUGCGAUCGGGGGUUUGGUAUGGGCAGCAUACUCCUCAUUUUAUGGACGCCGGCCCAUGUACUUGUGGGGUAUGCCCAUCCUAUGCAUAGGAAGCUUCGGCGUUGCAGCGUCAACGUCUCUCGCAAGCCUACUGUUCUGGCGAUUUGUUCAGGCAUUUGGAUGCGCUGGCGGAAUAUCGGUAGGUGCAGCCGUUAUUGGCGAUAUCUACAGGGUUGAGCAGCGAGGUACAGCAUUGGGUAUUUUCUUUGGGGCUUCUCUUCUGGGCGUUGCGCUGUCACCUAUUAUAGGAGGCACUGCGGCACAUUACUGGUCAUGGCGCAACCUGCACUACUCGCUUGGAUUAUGGGGUAUUAUUGAGAUGGUUUUGAUCUAUGUGUCCUUCCCGGAGACAAGUCAUUCGCAUUCCGGAGUGAUUCGUGAGCCGAAGACACCAUUCAACUUCGUGUGGAUCAAUCCUUUCAGCAGUCUCUGGCUGCUCCGUAGUCCAAAUAUUAUGGCUGUCACAUUAGCAAACGCAUCAGCGAUGGUUACGGAUUAUGUUUUAUUGGUCCCAAUUGCAUACACGAUCGGUGCUCGAUACCACAUCUCUAACGAGGCACUGAUUGGUGCAUGCUUCCUUCCCAAUGGACUUGGAAACUUCAUUGCUUCACCAAUUGCUGGGCGGUUGUCUGACACUAUGAUCGAAAGAUGGAAGGCGAAGCGCAAAGGCAUUUGGGUCCCUGAAGAUCGGCUCCGUGCAGUGCUGGUAGGCGGACUCCUCGUCCCUUUAUCUGUUGGUCUUUCGGGACUGAUUACCACAUACAUCGCUGGACCGUUGGGGUUGGUAUUGAAUUUGCUUUGUUUGUUUAUGAAUGGCGUUGGAGUAGACUUCGUUCUCACUCCGAUCGGCUCGUACAACAUCGACGUGCUACAGUCAUGCAGCGCAGAGGUAAUUGCCGCAGUUACCGCUUUCCGCGCGAUCAUUCUUGCGCCAGUGACUGCAGCUGUACUUCCAUCGAUUGAGAUGCUGGGUGUGGCAGGAACAAAUGGCAUAGCUACAGUGAUUGCGAUUUUUGGAUAUGGGCUUAUUGUUCUCACGAUUCGUUACGGAGAUCGCAUGAGAGCUUGGGUGGACGUUGGAUAUACACCCUUGUGA